AUGUUAGAAAUUGGAGCAUUAAAACAAGGCGUAUAUGAGAGUAAAUAUGGCGAUCAACUGGGUUAUACUCCAGCACAGAAGAAACUCCAUUUCUUAUCUGGAAUUAGAUCUGAUAUUAGAGAUGAAAUUUAUAGAAUUGGUCAAACAAAACCUAUUAACGAUAUUAUUGAUAGUUUGGCAGAACUUGAAUUACGUUAUGGAAUAUUACAACAGGCACCAUCUCAACCUUGCCAUGCACCUAUUGCUCCUGCUAUUCCAGAU